AUGCGCGCCCGCGAACUUGCUUCGCACUCUCCAGAGCCAGCAAGCAAAAGACGACGCAUUUCAACCUCCCCCGCGCGGGGUGGUUCUUCUGAAAAAAUGGCUCGCGAUCACCCCACACUUCAACUCACUCCGAUCGAAAGUACCUUGCAAACCCUCCUCCUUGAUGUCGCCAAAUACAUACAUGAUAAGGGAUUGAUUGACGGAAGUAGCGAUGGAGGCGAUCGUGCCGAAACUGUCCUACGGUUUACGGGCGGCUGGGUCAGAGACAAGCUGCUCGGGGUGGAGAGCCACGAUAUUGAUGUGGGCAUUAGCAAUAUGACCGGAUAUCAAUUCGGUAUGCAGUUGAAGGAGUAUUUGGACGAUCCACAAAAUCUUGAGAAAUACAAGAAAACCUUGCCGAAUGGGGAAAUGCAUGAUGCAAUUGUGAGCCUACACAAAAUCGAAGCCAAUCCCGAAAAGUCGAAACAUUUGGAGACGGUCACUACUAAGAUCUUUGGGCUGGAUAUCGAUUUGGUCAAUCUGCGCAAAGAGACAUACUCAGAUGAUAGUCGAAAUCCACAGAUGGAGUUUGGCACAGCAGUGGAAGAUGCCCUUCGACGAGACGCUACCAUCAAUGCUAUAUUCUACAACCUGAACGAAUCGAAGCUAGAAGAUCUUACCGAACAAGGGCUGGAUGAUAUGGGAAAGCACCUGAUUCGUACUCCACUAGAACCAUACCAGACAUUCAAGGAUGAUCCGCUCCGCGUACUUCGUUUGAUUCGAUUUGCCAGCAGACUGGGUUACGCAAUUGACCCUGAAGCUGAGAAUGCCAUGCAGAAUGAAGAUAUCAGAAUUGCACUGAAGCUGAAAAUCAGCAAGGAGCGUGUUGCCACAGAGCUGGAAAAGAUGUUGAAAGGACCUGACCCUCGCGGUGCCUUGGAGUUCAUUGACAGGCUCAACCUUUACCCAACAAUUUUCGCGAAUCAUCAGGACGAAGUAACGACUGACACAUCGACUUGGCCUCUUGCCUACAAUGCGCUACCAAGACUACUGCAACUAGGGCCCGAUAAUGCGGCGGAGCUCCUAGUACGCGACAAGGCCAGCGUCUACUAUACCUGGAUGAUAGCUGCUUUUGCUCCAUGGACGUCCAUUCCGCCUCGCCCUUCAUCCGGUCCCAAACACAAACCACUACCGACUCGCGCUGUCGAGGUUGGUAGGGACAGUCUCCGCACCGAUAACAAAACUCUCCAAAUUCUCCGCGAUGCAACCUCAAAUUACAAAGACAUCACUGCCUGUAAAUUUGCCCUGAGGGAAAAGUCGCUCAGUGGUACCCCAGCCGAAAUUAGACAGCAGGUUGGACUGCGUAUUCGGUCCUGGGGCAAGGAUUGGAAACUGUGCGUGGUCUUGGCCAUACUUCAAGAAGUUAUGCAGGGACGUGACCUCAGCGAGGUGGUCCCGGAGUACAAUCAGUUUAUCGCAUACAUCGUAGAAAAUGAUCUGGAGCAUGUGAACUCUCUCGUCCCCGUUGUGAAUGGUGGUGAAAUCAUACAGCACCUCGGAGGAAAAAAGGGACCAUGGAUGACCAAGGCGACCACAAUGGUAGUAGAGUGGCAACUUUUGCAUCCUGACACUGACAAGGCCGCAACUCUGGAAGAGAUUUCGCGACGUCGUGGAGAAUUGGGGUUGUGA